AUGUUUAAAUGUUUUCCAAUUCCAUUUUGUAGUAGAAAUUUAGAACAAAUUGAUAAACGUCAUUGUAAUUUAACAACAGUACCUGAUGAUAUUCUUCGUUAUACACGUACAUUAGAAGAAUUAUUACUUGAUGCUAAUCAACUUCAAGAUUUGCCUAAGGGUGUUUAUCGUUUAACACAAUUACGUCGUUUAACAUUUAGUGAUAAUGAAAUUCAAUAUAUAUCACCUGAAAUUGGACAAUUAGUUAAUCUAGAAGAACUUGAUUGUUCAAGAAAUGACAUAGCCGAAAUUCCGGAUAAUAUUCGUCAUUGUCGAUCAUUACAAAGACUUGAUUGCAGUGGAAAUCCUUUAGCAAAUAAUCUUCCUGCUGGUAUAAUUCAUCUUCGACAAUUGAAUCAAUUAACAUUAAAUGAUGUUUCACUUGCUGAAUUACCAAGAGAAAUUGGCAGUCUUUCCAAUUUACGUGUACUUGAAGUCCGAGAAAAUUUGCUCAAAAUUUUACCUGAUUCACUUGUACAAUUACCUAAACUUGAAUCACUUGAUUUGGGUUCAAAUGUUAUUGAACAACUUCCAAAUCAUAUGGGUAAUUUACAAUCAUUAAAAGAAUUAUGGUUAGAUUCUAAUGAAUUACAUGAAUUACCAAAUGAUAUUGGUCAAUUAAAACGUUUACAAUGUUUAGAUGUAUCAGAAAAUAAAUUAACUUUUUUACCAAAUGAAAUUGGAGAUUUAGAAUCAUUAACUAAUUUUGAAUUAUCAUCAAAUCAAAUUGAACAAUUACCAUCAACAAUUGGUCAACUCAAACAACGUUUAUUAAUAUUAAAAAUUAAUUCGAACAGUUUAACAAAAUUAUGUAAUGAAAUUGGACAAUGUUUAGCAUUAACAGAAUUAAUUUUAACUGAAAAUACAUUAACAGAACUUCCAAUAACAAUUGGAAAUUUAAAAAAUUUAUCAAAUUUAAAUGUUGAUCGUAAUCAAUUAACACAUUUACCUGUUGAAGUAAAUAUUCUUGAAAUACAAUCCUAA